UAAUAAAAUGCACGCGUUUCAAUAUUUCUAAGUAACAUAUAACAAUAUUAAUACAUUAACUCUUUCGAUCGGUAUAUGUUUAAACAUAUCAAUGGAUUAAGUAGAUUGCCUAACGAUCUGCAUCAGAUCUUAAUGAUAAUAUAAUAUUUCUGUUAAUUUAAAUUUCUUUAGCUCACUUAAACUGCGCGCCGACAGGUUUCGUCAGACUUAUAACACAGUUACUAAGCUAAAUAUCGAUGUAUGAGAGCAUCUUAAAAUCCCCUCCCUCCCUUCCCCAAAAAACUGUAAACGACGUGAUAAUAUAUUUGUAAGUGUUAAUUUUACCGAAGAAAUGUGCCUUUAUUUCCAAAUUACGUCACGUUACAUUUUCGAAUCAACGUUUUACAUAACAUUACGUUCUAACGUUCUAUUCAUAUUAUCCAUCAUCCAUAAUAUUAAUUAAUUCAUUAUAUUGACACGAGAAUUUGAAUGGGCCGAGAGUUUGAAACAUGUGACAUACGUUAAGUUUAACACAAAUCUUUUCCCCGACUGUGUACUAUUGUGUUUUUUUUACGCGCGUAACGUAAAAAGCAAUUUUUUAAUUUAGAAACGGAAACAAUCGAAUCGCGGAUUGUCGGAGUUCUCGAAUCGAGACGAGAAUUUGUGAAAGUAAUCGCGGAGACAAUGUCCGACAGUCCGUCCGCGGCGAGUCAUUAUCCACGGUGGUCAGUUUUGCGUGGGUGGAUCCUGUUCGUUUCUCGCGCGCGGAGCUUCUCAUUAUCAUGGUGUGAUGUAUUCCAGGGUGUUGCACGGCUUUGACACGUAAACAUUGGCAAACGUGCCGCGCUCGAACGUGAAAGUGGCCGGCUGGCUGCUGCCGACGAUGAUGGAAUGCACGAGCGACCGCCGAGCGCUCCAACAUCCACGUUGACCUACGUAUCCUAGGUAACAAUUACGUGCGCUUUUUUUUUUUUACUGUGAGGUAAUGGUUCGCUAGGACCCUGAUUGAUUUAACGACGACGACGGCGAAAGUCGUGAUAUUAAGAAACUGUAAGCGACGGAAAAAUUUAGAGGAGUGCUAGUUAGGCAGAUUUGAAUUCGGGAUCCCUGGUUCCACAAGCCAGUUCUCCCACCACACUGCUCCAACUACUCUUAUCUCUAUUCCAUCUGAUUAGACUGAUUAGAACCUUACGACUCUUUUAUUAAUCGACGAGAUUCUUUCGACUCCAAAUUCGUCUUACAAAACGAACCGGAAGAAAAAAAAAUUAGACUGGCGGACGAGUAAAUUGGAUGUCGCGUAUCGCGGUGGCGUUAACGACACGCGCCCGCGGAAUUUAACGUAACGAACGCACAAAGGGCACUUUCCAAUCGCUCAGGUUGACCUAAUUCAAAAGCGGGCUAUUCCCCGCGCGGGCACAUCCGCUUUCUCUUCUCGUCACGUUGACGAAAUUUGACGCGCCGCCCCGUCGCCGUCGUCGCCCGACCCGCCGGUGCGAGGAUGGAAAGGAGUUCGCGCGCUCGUGCCGUGGGUACCGAUAACGAGGUCGGAUAACGCUCGCAAUCGGGAACAACGUAACGCAAGCUCGAGGGGGGAAAAAAAAAAGGACGACGACGAUGACCUCCAUUAACGUACCGCCCGUUCGACACGUCCCGAAUAACGUAACAGACGCUCUUCGCCGAACCGUCGCCGGUCGAUUUCUUACGUGAACACGACGAAUGUGAAAGCGACCUUGAAACGUGCGGAUCAUCCGUCGCACGCGCGCGUAUAAUACAUAUUUUAAGGCGAGCCGGUUGGGCGCGAUUGGGUUUCGAUUCGAUAAUGAUGCCAGAAGAAAGACCGGGAUCGCUGUGGCCCGCAGGAAGUUCCCACGUCGAGGUCCGUCGACGGCGAGAGCGCAGCUGAUCGUCGAGCAUGCGGCGAUGGUCACCGGCCUUGGACGAGCCUGCGUCCGAUCGGUGGCGGUGGUGGUGGUGGUGGUGGUGCGGUAGCGUGUGCCGAAUGUGCCACCGAGUGCUGCCGUCGGGGGAUGCGUCCGAGUGCCGGCGGUGUGGCGAGGCGAGCGGCGGCGGUCCCGCGCGAUCCCAGGAGUCGAAUAGAUCCCGAGGGCGCGGAGGCGACGGAGGAGGCCGACAGGCACGUCCACGCCGCGUCACCAACGAUCGAGCCUGUGUACGAGUCCGAAUGGGUAAGGUCGGACUUGGCGGACUUUGAGAUCUCGAAAUUCGUGGGCGGCAUCGCGGCCAGCAAGUCGACGACCUCGCGCAACAAUCCACGAAGAUGCUACAGAACGUCGACCAGUUCCGGUUACUCGAGCCACUCGCCGCCGUUGUCGGCCGGCUCGUACUCCUAUUACGCGCCAGCCUCGACGAGGGAUGGUGGCCCGUACGGUGGUCCGUAUGGUGGCCUGGCGGUGAUCCACGAGAGCGAGACGAUACCACGGCCCAUUUGGCCGUCUAUCAUCUAUCGAUCCGUCGACGAUCACAGCGGCGAUUACGAAGGUGUUUAUACGUGUCGCGUAUGCGGUUGCAUGUAUAACUAUUUGUCACCACCACCACCGCUGCUGCCGCCACCAUUACCGCCACCGCCACCGCUACCGCCGCCGCCGGCGACGACGACAUCGUCACCGUCGAGAGCGCGCGAGGUGCUGCUCGAGUUAUCCCGUACUCUCAAGUCUGUGAUAGAUGGCGACGUUACAGUGGCACCAGAGGAUAUUCUGCGCGAUAUCUCGCGUAUCGUUUCUCUGGAGGUCGGCGCGAGGAACGACAACGUGUACGAGUACGUUUGCCCUACGUCCUGGACCGACAAGAAUCCGUCGAUAUGGCCUACGAGCUGCGAGCUGAAGAACUUGCCAUCGAGAGCGAAUCCAAUCAGUUCGAAAAACUACGUCGGUUCCCCUCGCUGUCUCUACAACGGAUACAACCCGGCGCCAUCGCUCGGGAACGACAGGACGACGAGACGCGAACGCGACAGCGAGAAAAGAAACAUCGGUCUCGCGAGGAAGAAGUCUCGCGAAACCGAGUACUCGACGCAGCUAAAAUGCAGCGACGUUGGGUCGUCCAUCGAAGGCACGAUCGUCCCGUUGAACGCGAGCGACUGGAACGACCGCCUGGCCGUCCGAGGCCUGGGAGAUUUUGAUUUCACUCUCGACGUGACGCAGGCCGAGCGUUUAGGCCGGGCGAUCGCGAGAGCGAAACGGAAGCGGCAAUGGUGCAGAGGCCUGACCACUUUUCUUGGUCUAAUUUUCUUCCUGUUGAGCGUCGUCGUCGUCUCGUUAUCCGUAACGAGGGGUCGCAAAGUGUUCGGAAGCAUGUAAGAGUCAGAAGCCGAGGAACUCAUUCGCGAUGUCUAAAGUUCCGGUACGAGAACUUCCUCGUAAAAUUGAAGGAACUGAUCGGUCGAUAUUUGAAACACUCUAAAUGCUUCGACAGUUCUCACUGCAAACAUUUUGCGACGCAGAUACUCUUGUAAUAUAUCUCUUUCUACCUUAUAAUAUAUCACAGGUAUAUGUCUAAUGUGUGUAAAUUUAAGCAUAGAAUCUGAGGGAGAUGCUGCAAUCACGAUAUAUGGCUGUGACCAUGUUCUUUUGCAUGCGUGUUGUUAAAUGACGCGUCACAAUCAUGUUAAAUAUGAAUGAAUUAGAUUUAUCGCAGAGGAAGGCGCGAAUAACGUUAUCAAUCCAUUGAUCGCGCGGCAAAA